AAAAAAAAAUUUUAAUUCGAUGAUGUGUUUCCAAUUCAAUUGAUGAUUUUAUAGAAUUUAUGCUCUUAAAACAAAAUUGAUAUGAAUGUAAGAUCAGACAAGAUUUGAUGAGUAUAUUGUAGCUGCAAUUUCUUGGGAUUCUGAUUACGAAAUGCUUUGGCAAAGCUGCCGUGCCGCGUUACAUUUCCCAUCGUCCUCUCUUAAUUAUAUAUUCAUACCUCGAUUUACUCAGGCAUGCCCUAAUAAAAUCGAAACAAUUUAAAAUUCAACAGAGUUUCAUUUACGAAGGAUCUGCUGUAGGUGGGGAAAUGGAGAUUAGCAAGAGAGAAACACUUCUGUUUUGGUUCAUCAUAGGAAUUCAAAUUCAUGCCUCUCUGCAAAUCAAGCUGGACGACCUCAACAGAGAUGAUUUUCCCGAAAAUUUUAUAUUUGGGGCAAGCACUUCUGCUUACCAGGUUGAAGGCGCAGCACAACUUGAUGGCCGGAAGCCUUGCAUUUGGGAUACUUAUACGCAUUCUGGGAAAAUGUUUGAUGGAAGCACAGGGGAUGUUACUGCAGAUCAAUACCACCAUUAUAAAGAGGACGUACGUCUGAUGUUUAAAAUGGGAUUAAAUGCGUACAGAUUUUCCAUCUCUUGGUCUCGAUUAAUACCUGAUGGAAGGGGUGCCAUCAAUCCAAAGGGAUUGGAAUACUACAAUAAUCUCAUCAAUGAACUCAUUCUCCAUGGUAUUCAACCGCAUGUUACCUUAUUCCAUUUCGAUUUGCCCCAGAGCUUGGAAGAUGCCUAUGGAGGAUGGCUCAGUCCCAGAAUAAUAGAAGAUUUCAGAGCCUUUGCAGAAGUUUGUUUCACAGAAUUUGGGGACAGAGUGAAGUACUGGACAACUUUCAACGAGCCAAAUGCAUUAUCCCCUUUAAGUUAUGACAUUGGUUGGUGGCCUCCGCAACGGUGUUCUUAUCCGUUUGGAUUUGGCAACUGUAGUGCAGGAGAUUCUACGGAAGAACCAUAUCUUGCUGCUCAUCAUGUUUUGUUAUCUCAUGCUGAAGCAGUUGAACUCUACAGAGAAAAUUUUCAGGCCAAGCAGAAGGGUUUUAUCAGCUUGGUGAUUCUAGCGUUGUGGUUUGUGCCAUUGACAAACUCGUCCAAGGACAUAGCUGCAACUCAGAGGACAAUUGAUUUUCAACACGGUUGGUUCAUAGAUCCCCUUUUCUUUGGAGACUAUCCUUCCAGCAUGAAGAAGAUUGUAGGCUCCAGGCUGCCCAAUUUCACCAAAGAACAAUCUAAAAAGCUAAAGGGAUCUUUCGAUUUCGUUGGGCUGAAUCAUUAUGGCACUUAUUAUGUCUCCGAUUUACCUAGUCAGUGGGUUUCUACAGAAAGAGAUUUUGUGAGAGAUUUAAGCUCAAAGAUAGCAGUAAUGCGAGACGAUGUCCCUAUUGGUAAGAUCGCACCAACUGGAAUUACAAUUGUUCCAUGGGGAUUCCAAGAAUUAUUGGAACAUUUCAAGCAACACUAUGGCAAUCCAGCUAUUAUAAUCUAUGAAAAUGGAUAUGGCACUAUAAACAACCAAUCUCUUCCACUCUCUGAGGCAUUAAAUGAUACAGGAAGGAUGGAGUAUCUUCAUGAUUAUCUUGAUAGUUUGCUCCUCGCCAUUAGGAAUGGAUCCAACACUCGAGGAUACUUCAUCUGGACAUUGAUGGACAAUUUUGAGUUUAUGAAUGGUUUUAAGAUUCGUUAUGGCCUCUUCUAUGUAGAUUUCGAAGAUAAAAAUUUGAAGAGAUAUUCAACACUUUCUGCUCGCUGGUUUACCAAAUUUUUGAAAGGGAAGAAACAGGUUGAAUACUUAUGGAAGGGAAGAGGAGGGCCCACUAAUGUGGGUCAAAUUGCUGCAUCCUCUCAUUUCCUGUCCACGAAUUAAUUUCAUGGUGUCCGCUACCCAUUUUAUUUCUCAUAUUGGAAGGAAAUUUCUGAACAGGACACAAGGGCCUGCGAUUUUAAGGUGUAUGACCUGUUUUCAGGGUUUUAUACGGUUCAAACUUCAACUCUGCUGUCAACUUUAAGUUGAUGUCUUUUUACACUACGAAGUAAAAUUAUAAAAGCCGGGCCUUUACUCUACAGCUUUAAUUCAUUUUAUUUGAGGAUGGCUAACAUUUAUAUAAAAGCAGUCGAGAAGGAUAAAUAUAAAAAAUCUUCAUAUUCAUGUCAA